AUGGAGCAGGAGACACUGGUCACUACUCUACGCCCCCGCAAUGUCUCCUGUGCCACAUGGGGCUGCUCCGGUGCCCGCAUCCCUGUCCGGCGCCCGCGCAGCCAACUGGGGGACCGCCACUUGUGCCUGUCGCUCCCGGGAGCCGGCUGUGCCCCCGCCUGGGUCACCCGUCACAGCAGCGAGACCGGAAGCGGGGCCAUGGGGGCUGCCCCCUCCGCGGUGGGGACCUCGGGGACUGCCAGCCAGGGUGGCACGGUACACAGCCUGCAGGAGCUGCGGCGUAGUGCAUCCCUGGCCACCAAGGUCUUCGUGCAGCGGGAUUACAGCGAAGGGACCACGUGCCAGUUCCAGACAAAGUUCCCUGCCGAGCUGGAGAGCCGGGGGGUGACCCUCUGGCCAGACUCCUUUUCACCCUGGUUUCUGCUCUAGAUCGAGCGGCAGCUCUUUGAGGAAACCGUGAAAACCCUUAAUGGCUUCUACGCCGAGGCAGAGAAGAUCGGGGGCAGCUCAUACCUGGAGGGGUGCUUGGCCUGCGCCACUGCCUAUUUCAUCUUCCUCUGCAUGGAGACGCACUACGAGAAGGUUCUGAAGAAGAUCUCCAAGUAUAUCCAGGAGCAGAACGAGAAGAUCUAUGCGCCGCGGGGGCUGCUGCUCACCGACCCCCUGGAGCGUGGCAUGAGGGUCGUAUCCUCUGGUGGGUUUUAG